GUCUAUGAUACACAUACACACAUACACACAUACGAGGACGAAGAAGAGCGCGAGACAAAAGAUGGACUGAGAGCAGAUGAAAUUAAUCCACUGAAGACACCAGUGUGGGAGCACCUUGGUCCAGCGUACACAGAGGAGCCGUUCAGGUGGAGGGCGGGCAGGACAGCAGGUAUCCUCUCGUAGAGCCCUGGCCUGCGUCAGUCUGUCCCCCUGACGGACGAACCCCUGGGGCCCGCCGCCAUGGGCAAACCAUCGCUGAAGGACCAAAAAGAAGCUGCGAAGGACAAGAUGGGGAGGCCAAACCCUGCAGCCACUAAAGAUACCUUCAGCUGGGAGCAGUACCUGAAAGAAACAUCAUCCACUCCAGCUCCUCCCAGCUUCUUCCGCCAGUCCCGGCUCCCGCCCUCCAACGACUUCAAGGUGGGCAUGAAGCUGGAGGCCCGCGACCCGCGCAACAGCACCUCCGUCUGCAUCGCCACGGUGAUGGGCGUGACGGGCGUGCGGCUGCGGCUGCGUCUGGACGGCAGCGACAACACCAACGACUUCUGGUGCCUGGUGGACUCGGCCGACAUCCAGCCCAUCGGGACCUGCGAGAAGAAGGGCGACAUGCUGCAGCCGCCGCUGGGGUUUCGUAUGAAUGCGUCGUCGUGGCCGAUGUUCCUCCUACGCACGCUCAACGGGGCGGAGAUGGCCCCCGGCACAGCCUUCAAGAAGGAGCCCCCCCGACCCCCCCAGAACAACCUGACGGCUGGUAUGAAGCUGGAGGCGGUGGACAAGAAGAACCCCUACCUCAUCUGCCCGGCCACCGUGGGCCAGGUCAAAGGUCAGGAGGUGUUCGUCACCUUCGACGGCUGGAGGGGCGCCUUCGACUACUGGUGCCGCUACGACUCACGGGACAUCUUCCCCGUGGGCUGGUGCUCGGUCACCAAGCACAGCCUGCAGGCGCCCGGCAACAGUGUGUCGCCCACCAAGCCCCAGCCGCUGCCGUCCUUCUCCCCCUCCAAGCCCAGCCGGCGCUCCAGCCAGGCCUCCUUCCGGCUGCCCAGCCCGCUGCCCCCGCUGCCCGUCCGCAAGGGCGUGCGGGGCCGGCGGCCCAAGAGCGAGACCCUGGCCCUGCUGAAGGCCGCCGCCGCCGCCGCCGCCGCCGCCCAGACCGGCUCCCCGGGGGGCGGCCCCCAGCCCGGGCCCCUGGGGGUCCACACCCAGCUGGCCCCCCGGCCCCACAAGAAGAGAGGACCCAAACCGGGCAGCAAGAGGAAGCCCAAGGUGCCCCCCGGCCCGGUGGGCUGCCUCUCCGUCCCCAAGGAGAGCCCGGCCGGCCCCGGGACGCUGCUGUCAACAGUGUGUGUGUACGUGAACAAGCAGGGUGACUGCGGCCCCCAGCUGGACAGGAAGCAGGUCCAGCGGCUCCCGGAGCGCUUCGGGCCCGGCCCGGUGAACCUGGUGCUCCAGCAGGUGGUCCAGUCCUGCCUGGACUGCUCCUACCAGCCCCAGCUGCUGCUGGCCGCCCUGCAGACCCACUCCGGGUCCGGGGAGGUGGUCCGAGUGCGGACGGACGGCGGCGUGUGUCUGGUGAAGCUGCCCUCGGCCUCCAGCGCAUCCUUCGUGCUGCGCUUCCUGGAGACGGUGUGCCUCCACCUGCAGGGAGACAACCUGUUCAGCAGCCAGCCCUUCAGGACCUACCAGCCAGUGAAGGAGGAGGUGCUGGAGGCCCCGUCCCUGUCCCUGCGGCCCGGUAAGCGCGGCCUGUCGGGGGUCUCCCCGCCGUACGCCGCCUCCCUGUCCCCCAAACACCUCUGCAGCGACGCCCACCCCUCAGAAGCAGAGACGCUGCCCCCCGGUGAGGGCGGCCCGCUGAAGGAGGCGUGGUUCAUGGACUCGGCCUCCGGCUCCAUGACCCCGCUGAGCCCCCGCCCCCACGCCGACUACCACCCCUACUACCCCCGGGGGGGGGCGGCCCUCCGGAGGUCCUCCUCCCACCCCCCAGAGACCGCCUCCUCCACCGCCCUCCGCAGGGUGGAAGCCGCCAGCUCCACCACGGGCCCCGAGCCCACGGUCCCUGAGAGGGAGGGGCCCCCGGGGGCCGGCCGGAGCCCCGCCUCCUGGUCCAUCCUGGAGGUCAUGCAGUUUGUGAGGGAGGCGGACCCCACGGCGCUGGGGCCCCACGCGGAGCUCUUCAGGAAACACGAGAUCGACGGCAAGGCGCUGAUGCUGCUGCGGAGCGACAUGGUGAUGAAGUACAUGGGGCUGAAGCUAGGCCCCGCCCUCAAGCUCUGCCACCACAUCGAGAGGCUGCGGGGGGGCAAGCCCUGACGUAACCUGGGCCCCGCCCACACACCUGGGCCCCGCCCACACACCUGGGCCGGCCCUCAAGCCCUUAACCACACCUGACAGACACACACCUGACAGAUGCACACCUGACGGAUACACACCUGACGGACAAACACCUGACGGACACACACCUGGGCCCAGCCCUCAAGCCCUGACACACACCUGAGAGCACACACCUGGGCCCUGCCCACACACCUGGGCCCCGCCCUCAAGCCCUGACACACACCUGCCAGCAAACACACGUCCUGCAGAGGCAGGCCGGAGCUCCUCAACCCAGAGACGGUCUGAGUAGGAAGGAAGGAGGAGCCGCCUCAGUGGUUCCUCCUCCUCCUCUUCCUCCUCCUCCGUUAGCACAGUGGUUCCUCCUCCUCCUCUUCCUCCUCCUCCGUUAGCUCAGUGGUUCCUCCUCCUCUUCCUCCUCCUCCGUUAGCUCAGUGGUUCCUCCUCCUCUUCCUCCUCUGUUAGCUCAGUGGUUCCUGCUCCUCCUCCUCCUCUUCCUCCUCCGUUAGCUCAGUGGUUCCUGCUCCUCCUCUUCCUCCGUUACCUCAGUGGUUCCUGCUGCUCCUCCUCCUCUUCCUCUGUUAGCUCAGUGGUUCCUGCUCCUCCUCCUCCUCUUCCUCCUCCGUUAGCUCAGUGGUUCCGGCUCCUCCUCUUCCUCCGUUAGCCCAGUGGUUCCUGCUCCUCCUCCUCCUCCUCAUAUGUCUCUGUCUUAUCGAGGUCUCGUCACUCCGUUCUGCUUGUUAAGCUGAGCUGGGCCCCACCCCCCGCCCCCAGCCUGCUGCUGGGACCGGGUCUGGUCUAGAGGGUCCCAGGUGGUCCUGGAUCCUCCAGACCUGCCCCGGCUCAGCCCCCUCUGGUGGAUUAAUUUAUUUCAGUAUGGAUUGUUACAGACGUGCACAACUUUUAAAAAGGGCUUCAUUAUGAGGUUUACCAGUCCUGACCUCUGAGUGCCCCACGUUGACCUUUCACCUUCCUGGCCUCGAUGGAGACAGAGUUCCACACGUCCGUGGGUUUCACCACGGACCCCCCCCCCACCCGUGUACAUUUUGUAGAAAGUAAAUAUUUUAAAAGAUGCCACGUAUAUACAUUGUAUGUGUAUGAUGUGUUUAUAUAGAGAUGUAGGGUCGAUGGAGUCCUUCAGCGUUCUUAAUGAGAUGGCCUUCCCCUACUUGGGUCUGGUCUCAGGGGAAGAGGGCUUCAGCGUACCUUUGGUACGUACAACGCGUUCCACUUCCUCCUGGGACCUGACCUGGCGUGCCAUACGAUAUGCAACACAGAAUCCAGUGCUGUUAACCAGAGCGUCUCUGACACAUGUCUGUACGCGGCGAAUGUCACCUGUUCAUGACCUUGUUUGUAACACCAAAGAAAUGUCAUCAUGCGUUUUAUGAUGUUGAAUAUUUUCUAUUUUAUAAAUGCUCUAAAAGAGGUUUUGUUUUGUGUGUCGUGUUUGUUGGGGCGCUGACCUGUCCACACCACAGCAUCACGGCUCUGGUUUCAUUCUCGUGGAGUUGUGGAGUUUGACUGCUGACCAGGUGCUCAUGAAUCAAAUAUGAAUGAGCCGUCAGGAUGGAUGUUGACAGCUCGUGUUUCUGGGAGCACUUUAAGCCGGGGGUUCCCAACCUUUUUUGUUCCCAGGACACAUAUCCAAAGAAAUUGACGGUUAGGUAGUCAAUUUGAAUGGCUUGAUUUUAUGAUGCAAUAUUUGUUUGUUUUUCAAGAUGGUUUAUUUUUCUUAUUCACAACAAUUUAAGCAACAGCAAUUAAAUGCCCGAGUCUCAGGCUCCCUUCAACAAUGCAACAAUAUAAAAUAAUACAAUUUAGAAGGGCAACAAGAAAAGUCUCCUGAGUCUUAAACAAAUCACAAUGUUUCCCUUUUCUCCACUACAAGUAAGUGUAUGGAGUCUGGGUUAUUGUUGUUUUAUUAUUAUUAUUCUGUUAGCCUUCUCUGGAAAUACUCGAGGCCCGGUUCCGCGGCCCGGGGGUUGGGAGCCGCUGGCUCAAGAGACGUGUCGUUCUCUGGUAUUGAUGACGGAUCAGACGACCACUUGGUUCAAACGUCUUUAUUUAACAAACCGUCCACGAGACGACAGCAGCCCGCCCUCUGGGCAGAGGACAUCAACCGUCACCCGCUCUCUAACAGCCAAGGCAGGUUCUGGUUUUGGUUAAACCUUUUCUCCGUUUAUCUUUCGAUUUGCGUAAAUACUUUAAGAAGACGUGUUUGGCUGAUUUUAUUGACUGCAUAUUAAAAACGACGCAGGAGAGAAUCGCCCCUCCCUUCACAGACAGAAAGGGCAGAAAGUGCAAAAUGAUAAAUAAACUAAACCACGACACACAUUGAAUCACACAACGUUCAUGAACUCUAAGAUAGAAAAACAUUAAAAAUAGUAGAAAUUACAUAAAACUAUUCCAAGUUUGGUGUAUUUACAAUACACUUCUUAUAAGAAGACUGAAUAACCAUGUGUAUUCAUAAUACCCAGAGCCAGGUCACUGCCCUGGUUUAAUAACCUCUGUCUUGGUCAUUUAAAGUAAAGUGAGCUUAGCUAUGUUGACUACACUCCAGAUUUCAUUAAAACCGCUGUUUUGAUUAGAUUCUGUCAAUGACGAGCAAAUAGGAUUUGUUUUCUAGUAGUUUCUAGCAUAAAUCAUAAAGCACCCUGUUCAGCCUGAUUUAGAUUUUGGGGAUUUGAGAUUGUUCUCUUACUAUUGGUCAGUUUUUGCUCUAAGAGCACGUUCAUAAUACACCUCAAACACGCACAUGUCCAACAGGACUCAGCAACACCUCCUGACCUAAGGACUCCUUCAGGGCUGGAAGCAGUGUCCUCAUCACCUAGCUGCUUCACAACCAGUGGCUCACAGUAGAACAGUGCUUCACAAGAAUGCAAAAG